ACUGCCCCCGAUCUUUGGCCGGCGGUCCUGCUCCCUUUGCUUCCCCAGCCUCAGCUCCCGCCUUUGCUGGGGCUGUACGGACCGGCAAUGUCGUCUAGCGGCGGUGCAGACGGGGAGUCUGUUAGCGGAGCCCAGCUCAUCGCCGAGUCCCUUAAGGCUCAGAAUGUUGAAUACAUGUUUGGUGUUGUUGGCAUUCCAGUUAUUGAAAUUGCAGUUGCAGCCCAGGCAGCUGGAAUAAAGUAUGUAGGAAUGAGAAAUGAACAGGCUGCCUGUUAUGCUGCAUCUGCUGUUGGAUAUUUGACUGGCAGACCAGGUGUAUGUCUUGUAGUGUCUGGUCCAGGUUUCUUACACGUCCUAGGUGGAAUGGCAAAUGCAACCAUCAACUGCUGGCCUUUGAUUGUUAUUGGAGGCUCUUCUGACAGAAAUCAGGAAACCAUGGGAGCUUUCCAAGAAUUCCCACAGGUUGAAGCUGGUAGGCUGUACAGCAAGCUGUCUGUCCGUCCAAGCAGCUUAGAAGUUAUUCCUGCUGUUAUUGAAAAGGCAGUAAGAAGCAGCAUAUAUGGUCGUCCAGGUUCCUGCUACAUUGACAUACCUGGGGAUUUUGUGAAUCUUCAGGUGAAUAAGAGCUCUGUCAAGUACACAGAAUGCUGCCUGCCACCUCCCAUCAGCACAGCUGAAUGCUCUGCUGUAUCCAAAGCAGCAUCUAUCCUUGCUCAUGCCAAGCAGCCUCUCCUCAUCAUUGGUAAAGGUGCUGCUUAUUCACGUGCUGAAAACAACAUCAGAAAGUUGGUGGAUCUUUGUGGACUGCCUUUUUUGCCUACACCAAUGGCAAAAGGAGUAGUUCCUGAUAACCAUCCGAAUUGUGUAGCUGCAGCCAGAUCAACGGCAUUACAGCAUGCUGAUGUGAUCGUCUUGCUUGGUGCAAGGCUGAACUGGAUUUUGCAUUUUGGUCUUCCCCCAAGGUUUCAACAAGAUGUAAAGGUGAUUCAGGUUGAUAUUUGUGCAGAAGAGCUGGGGAAUAAUGUGAGGCCAGCUGCAAUUUUAUUAGGUGACAUAAACGCUGUGACUAAGCAGCUCUUAGAGGAAUUCAUCAAAAGACCAUGGAAAUAUCCUUCUGAUUCAGAGUGGUGGAAGAGGCUAAAGGAGAAAAUAUCAACCAAUGAAGAAAGAUCAAAGGCUUUAGCAUUACAGAAAUCCCUGCCUAUGAAUUACUACACAGUCUUUCAUCACAUCAGAGAGCUGAUACCCAAGGACUGCAUCUUAGUAAGUGAGGGAGCAAACACCAUGGACAUCGGACGAACUAUGCUCCCAAAUUACUACCCUCGUCAAAGGCUUGAUGCAGGUACUUUUGGAACGAUGGGAGUUGGACUGGGUUUUGCUAUAGCAGCUGCAAUGGUAGCUAAAGACCAAACACCUGAAAAGCGAGUCAUCUGCAUAGAAGGAGACAGUGCUUUUGGAUUUUCUGGGAUGGAGGUGGAGACUAUUUGCAGAUACAAUUUGCCAAUCCUGAUCAUUGUAGUAAAUAACAAUGGGAUUUACACUGGCUUGGAUGCAGAUUCCUGGAAGGCUAUGUUAAAGUUUGGAGAUCCUGCUACAUGUGUACCUCCUGUUUCUCUCCUGCCAAAUUCACACUAUGAGGAAAUUAUGUCUGCCUUUGGAGGCAAAGGAUACUUUGUUAAAACACCAGAAGAAUUGCAAAAUGCUCUGAGAAGAAGCCUGACUGACAAGCAAACACCUUCCCUUAUAAAUGUGAUGAUUGAUCCACAGUCUGAGAGAAAGAAACAGGAAUUUCCCUGGCUGACUCGUUCCAACCUGUAGAGGAAGAUGAAGAUAAUGGUGGUGCAGUGUGUGAAACAAAACUAAAUUGGUUUGCUGAAGUGGAACGGCAACAACUUCUACAUAAGCACUACAACAAAGUGCAAUUUUGCAAUCAUAGAAUCAACCAGGUUGGAAGAGACCUCCAAGAUCAUCCAGGCCAACCUAGCACCCAGCCCUAGCCAAUCAACCAGACCAUGGCACUAAGAGCCUCAUCCAGGCUUCGCUUCAACACCUCCAGAGAUGGCAACUCCACCACCUCCCUGGGCAGCCCAUUCCAAUGCCAGUCACUCUCUCUGCCAACAACUUCCUCCUAACAUCCAGCCUAGACCCAUGUGAAAGUACUGAUAAGCCAGGCUUUUGGUAACAAACCUACCUGUGGGCCAGGAUCUUCAGCUAGCCCAGUCCUCCUCUUUCUUGGGUCAUCUAAGUGCCUUCCACUAGAGGUAUAGGCUGGAUAUUAGGAGGAACUUCCUGACAGAGAGAGUGAUUUGCCAUUGGAAUGGGCUGCCCAGGGAGGCAAAGGGCUAAGAAGUGCAAAACCGUAAGGUCUGUAGAAUGGAUACAAGUCAUGAUGGAGUGUAAUGCUGCUGAGACAGCAGAAUUGCUCUGUUCUCAGAGGUGCCCUGCAAGGAAUGUGGAACAACAUUUUAUCUUGCCACUGAUUUUGUUUCAUUCUUCUAAUUCUCAAAAAUGUCAAUGUUGCAGUGACUGAACAGCAUCCAUUGUGAUGAUGUGAAAUAUUGCAAGAGAGUGCUGGAACUGACCCCAGGGCAGAACCACAAAAGUGCACUAAUCCUUCUCUGAUGUUUAAAAAGAGUAAACUUAAUAAAAAGUGAUUUUUUUUUUCA